AUGAGCACGCUGACGUCCUCCGCCGCGACGAUUUUCACGACCGGCUCGCGCGCGCGGUUGCGCCCGCGGCGCGCGCCGGUCGUGGCCGUCCGCGCCGGCGCCGCGGUCGUCGUCGCGUCCGCGGGCGACGCGCCAUCGCCCGUCCAGCUCGGCACCGCGAAGAUUCCCGCGAACUGCGACGAGGAGGUCUUCUGCUCCUCGCUCUAUCAGUGGGCGAACGGCCUCGUCACGAGCGGUCAGAACAUGCCGUUCGCGCUCCCGCAGCGCGUGGACCGCCUCCCGACCGGGUUCUCGAUGGCGUUCCUCGUCUCCGAUCCGAAGGGAGAGCCCGGGACGUUCGUGUCUUGCGGAGAGAUCGUCGCGAGCGUGGAAGACGUCGACGGCGGGGGCCGCGCGCUCAUGGUCACCGGCACCGGGGACGUCGCGAUGAAGGGAAAGCUGAUAGACGUCCCGAUGGUGAUGCAGACGAUGCCGGGGGCGAUCAAGAACGCGAUUUUGGGGUCGACGAGAGGGUUGUAACGUGACGCGCGCGGAGGGUGUGGGACGCGCGUGUUUCAGUAGUCGCGUUGCAAGCGCGCGCCUCGCUCGCGCGAUGCAAGCGGGGGCGAAGACUGUCGCGUUUUCCUUUCUCCUUU